CUCGGCCGUCUUCGUGCUCCCGCCAGGGUUUCCGCAAAGAGAAAUAAAGAAAGGAAGGUAGCGAAGCGCGCGAGGCUCGCGCAAAAAUCAUUAAAACGCGUGCUUGUUUCGCGGCUACGGCUUACGUCGUGUUGACGUACCGGUCCGUGAUUUAUUAACAGACGACAACGACAGGAGUACAGGGUACAGAAGGCAACCGCGUCGUCUGCCACUUGGACUGACUUGGACUACACCGCUAAACCGCUCGCUUGUUCACACGCGCGACGUGACAUCUCCGAGGAAACUGUCUUCUACGUUGUCGCACCGACACAUUAUAUCUUCCGUCCUGAGGUAUCUCUUACAUGUACAGCCAACACGGGCUUUGGGACGAUUUGACCAGUAGCGAGACGCGCGGCAUCGGCAUGGAGUGGACCCGCGACAAAACUCUGGAGCUGCUACGUGAGUAUCAACAACGACGCGUCCUCUGGGAUUGGAACGCCCGAGGCUAUCGCGACCGGGCGAAGCGCAAACGAGCUAUACAAGAGCUUGCCGAGAUUCUCAGCUGCAACACUCUCGAGGUUGAGAAGAAGAUCACUAAUCUAAAGUGCCAGUAUUCUCGGGAAAUACACAAGAUACAGAACAGUCGCGACGCCGCCACCGGUCCAGACGACGUAUACGUCUCCAAGUGGUUCGCCUUCAAAGCCAUGCAAUUCCUACAAUUUGGAACGCGUAAAUACAGCAAGCGGAAGAAGAAAGUUGAAGAGGAACCGAAACUACAAGAAGAAUAUAUUGUGAGCAACAUCGAUCCAGAAAGUAUUACAUUCAUGGAUUGCAACGAGGAGACAAACGGCUCUGGUACUGGUUCCUUCAACGCCUCGCUCAGUGAGGACGCCGAAGAGUCCUCGUCGUCCAGUAUGAAAGCAAUGGAGUUGUACAAUGGUUCUUUGCCGAGCCAGAACGGUCUUGAUGAGUCCGAACAGAUGAAACUCGAGCUUCGCCCACCGGACGAGAAAAAACGAAAAAAGACCAAGGAAGAGUUUGCCAAGUUUGGCGAGAGUAUUGCUGUGCAGCUCGCCGAGAUCCCCGACUCUUACUCGAGAUCGGUCGCCAAACUCAGGAUCAACCAGAUUCUCUUCGAAGCGGAGAUCGGGAUCUAUGCGCAAACGCGUCGCUAAUGAGCAAGUUCGCUAGUAUCAGCACAAAUCAAUGUGGAAUAAUUAACAUGGAAAAUAUUGCGAUUCGCAUUCAUGGCGCAUCAUCGCUAUCGAUCUCAAUUUACGAUGCUGAUUCGUUCGAACUUUUCCUAUAACAGGCUCUAACGAGCUGUAAUUCACUUUUAACCGAGAUUUUAGAACGACUAUAAUAGGACUGUGACAAAAGAAAGACUCGCCGCAAAUAAAACAAUGAAAAUUAUUCGACAGAAGAAACUAUUCUAUCCAUUAUCCAUCGACCGAGCAUGCGUUUUGAAUAGAGUACCGCAAUGAAAUAAAUAUUCAUACAGCUUCCAUUUGUUUUAUUUAUAACACGUUUAAUUUUUGGACAAAUAAAACAAUUUAAAUUAUUACGAUUUAGAGAAUUAGACGAUUUCGGUAUAUAAGUGUGCAAUAUUAAAACGAAUGCCAGCAUGGCAUGAUGAUCGCCGUCCGCGUCUUUUUACAAGCCGGAUGCUUCUAAAGACUGAAUCGAUGAUCAAGACUGUAUAAUAGACAAUUUUUCCAAGUGAUUAAAUGAAUUUGUCGAUAUCAAAUACUGAUUGUUUAUUUUCCAAG